AUGAGUGGUUUCAUUUCAUCGCUACUAAUCCAAAUUGGAAUACGAUCCCCCUUGCCCUCGCCAAGCAGCCAGCCAAAUGACGACCAAGCGAAAGUACACCUGAACGAACCGACAAACCCUUUGAGUGCCAGUGAAGACCAUAAAUUUGCUGUUCAACCGGACCAAGAUCACAGACAGGAUUCGAACUGCGGAGAUGCGGGUGCGGGGUCCCUGCAUAGCCCUCCUUUCUUCACAACCCUACCUAAAGAGAUGGAUGGCCGAAACUUGCAACCGGAGGGCACUCGAUCAGUGACCCACAAUACACUCGGAGCAAUCGAAAAUGUAGCUGCGGCCACGGACGGCCCAUUUGAUCCCACACAUGAAAUCGACAUCACCGUACAGCUGGACAGUCCAGGAAAUCCACAAGCUUCACACCCCAGCGAGGCACCGAACUCGCACACUGAGUCACAAUAUUCUGCUUCGGCUAUAGCAAUUGGCGAGCCUCGGCGAUCUUUGGGCGAUGCCUUUGAACCAGAGGGACAGGCUCCGUCUUCGCUUCCAGCGGAUGAUGGGAUGGGAGUUCUAAGAAGCAAGAUCAUCGCAAUCAGGGAGCUGGGACUGACCAGUGGUGAAAAGGCGCGAAUGGUUCACGGUCUGAUGACGGAAGGUUACAACUCGUCCCGUGAGCUUUCAAGUACCCCCGGUCCGGGGAUAUUAUCAACUCCAUCGAGCCCACGAAGCUUGGGCCUGCCAACAAGCCCGAGGGCCCCUCGAUCAUUGGAGAUCGCCAAUUCUAGACCCAGUUCCACAUACUCCGGAUUAGUUCCUCUCGAUGAGAGUAUGUUCAAUCUCAUGCCGGAAGAUCUCCAGCCCACUUUCGUACCCAAAGCAGAAGAAACAGAAUCAGCAGAACUCGAGACUGGGGAUGAAGACUGUGACACAGAAGAACAAGAUGAGGCUAUUCUAGGAUGUGUGCAUUACCAGCGCAAUGUCAAACUUGAGUGCUACGCUUGCAAAAAAUGGUACACUUGCCGCUUCUGCCAUGACGAAGUGGAGGACCACUCUCUCGUUCGUCGAGAUACCGAGAACAUGAUUUGUAUGCUAUGCGGUCAUGCGCAGCCCGCAGCGCAGAACUGCCGACGGUGCAGCGAACAAACUGCGCAGUAUUACUGCGAGAUUUGCAAGCUCUGGGAUAACGACAGCAAAAAGAGCAUAUAUCAUUGCAGCGAUUGCGGUAUAUGUCGAAUUGGACAGGGACUGGGCAAGGAUUUCUUCCAUUGUCAGACAUGCUCCGUUUGUCUUCCUAUGUGUAUUGAGAACACCCAUCGUUGCAUUGAACGAUCCACCCAAUGUGACUGUCCCAUAUGUGGCGACUACAUGUUCACUUCUCCAGAAACAGUCGUCGUCAUGCGGUGUGGCCACAGCAUACACCACAAGUGUCUCUCAGAGUACUCCCAAAGUUCCUUCCGCUGUCCCAUUUGUAGCAAGACCAUCACCAACAUGGAGUCGACAUUCCGAAACCUCGAUCGCACCAUCGAAAGCCAACCUAUGCCGGAGGAGUUUAAGGAUACCAAAGGCCUUAUUUACUGUAACGAUUGCGGCUCAAAGUCAGUUGUCAAAUAUCAUUGGCUCGGCUUAAGAUGUGAUUUAUGUGAGUCGUACAAUACGGCUCAACUUCGCAUUUUGCACGGGGAUAUCUCUACUCAACCCGAGGAAGACUCCGGGCAAAACCUUCCUCGACCUCGAUCGUCUUCACUUAUUGAAAACGAUGACUCGAUGUCGUCUGCCAUGUCCGCAUUAAAUGUCAAUAACGCAUCUCGUUCACGGCUCAGUGUCACUAUGUCUCCCGAACCCGUCAGGCGCUUUUCAUCCUACAACAUAACACGAGGGCGUGCUGUCUCACCAGUCGUCAGCAACUACUUUGGACUGCCGACUGAGCGUGAAUCGGAGAAACCUUCAUCUAUGCCCUUCUUUGGGGGCCCAUCUCGUGGCGAGAAUGAAGACUACGGCGCAUUGAAUUUCUUGAGCAAAAAGCUUACGUACCGAUAUGGACUGUUUGGCGGCGAAGCUAAAUCAACCGAGAACCCAUCGGAAGCUGGAAACGAAGAUGAUGAUGAAGAGUCUUCCGACUCAGCUGAAUCGGAUGGCUCUCAUGCUCAUGAUGAUGACGAUGAUGACGAUGACGAAGAGGAAGAGGAAGACCAAGACCAAGAUCACAUCCAGAUUUUUGGGCAUCAAUGA